UUUAAAAAGUAGGGGGAGCCAUAUUCUGGCUUCUCAUGCGGAAGUUGAGUAGCCACAGUCAUCAUUUUGAAUCUGUAGUUCAGCUAACUGUCUCCUGGUUGCUAGCGUUAGCUAGUGUUAAAAAGCCAGCAUUUCAGUUUUCCAUACAUCUUUACGAUGCGGACCACCUGUUAAGCCAAUACUGCGCCCGAAGCAAUGUACUGGCUGUGAAGUAAUGUCAGCUCCUCACGCUUUCGUUCGUUUACUAUGAGCUCCCUACCAGCCCAGACUCCGGCAUCAAGCUCGUCAUGCAGGACGCUACCGGGAGAAGGGAAUCAGGUGCAACCAAAAGCUCCUCUCCUGCAAAUACUGCGUGUGGCUGGAGCCCAGGAGGAUAUCUUCACGCUCAAAGAGGUGAUGCACUACUUGGGCCAAUACAUCAUGGGGAAGCAACUGUAUGACAAACAGAGGCAGCACAUAGUCCACUGCCAGGAUGAUCCUUUGGGAGAGCUGCUGGAAGUGGAGAGCUUCUCUGUUAAAAACCCGAGCCCAGUGUAUGAAAUGCUGAAGAAGUAUUUGGUUGUUAUUGACUGUGCUGACGCUGCAGAGAAUCUUUCUGUGGGCCGUGAAUGUGUAGAUGGCGGAGUGGAGGAUCGUGGUCAGAUGUGUGGAGGUGUGGUCAAAGCAGGUUUGGAGGCUGGUAGUGAUGGGCCUCUCCUGCAGACUCCCUCCCAGAGACGACCUCGGGAACCAGAUGAUGACUCUCUUGAAGGUUUGCAACGCUCAGCCUGCAAGCGACCCAAGCUGGAUGUUACUCUGGAUGAGUGGGACCUCUCUGGCUUGCCCUGGUGGUUUCUGGGUAAUCUCCGUAAUAACUACAGCCGCAGGAGCAAUGGCUCCACUGACAUCCACACAAACCAACUGUCUCUUGCACAGGAAGAGGAUACGGCCAUUGUGUCGGACACCACUGACGACCUCUGGUUCCUCACAGAGGGCGAGAGUGAACAGGUGAGUGUGGAGAUGAAAGAGGCUGCUCUGGAAGAAGGCAGCAGAGAAGGAGAGCCUCCACUGGAGGAGGAUGAUGGGGGAAUGAAGGAGGACAAAGCAGACAGAGAAAUGCAGGAGGAGCCAGAUGAAGACUCUCAGUGUCUGAGUGAUGAUACGGAUACAGAGAUCUCCACACAGGAUGCAUGGCAGUGCACAGAGUGCCGAAAAUACAACAUACCUCUCCAGAGGUACUGUGUUCGGUGCUGGGCUCUAAGGAAGAACUGGUAUAAAGAUGUCCCUCGGCUUGCGCAUUCCCUUUCUGUUCCUGACAUCCCAGCAUGCAGCUCACUCAUUACCCACGACGAGGAAGAUGACAGCGACACGGGCAUUGAUGUCCCAGAUUGCAGCAGGACAGUUUCUGAUCCUGUCAUCCUCCCUUCACAUUCCACCGCCGAUCGACCGUUGCCAACAAUGGUAAUGGGAAAAGGCAAAGGUCCGAGGCCCUCUGUCUUCCACAAAGAUGAGCAGCUCUCUGAAGGAGACAGUCAAGAGAAUCUGGGCAUGGAGGUUGAGGACGUUAGGCCUGAGGCGCUGCUAGAGCCUUGCAAGCUCUGUCGAGUGCGGCCACGUAAUGGAAAUAUUAUACACGGACGCACUGCUCACCUGCUUACCUGUUUUCCAUGUGCAAGGAGGCUACAUAAGUUCCAGGCUCCUUGUCCAGGAUGUGGGAAGAUAAUCCAGAAGGUUAUUAAAAUAUUCAUCCUGUGAAGGGCACACAACCCAUCUGUAAAGUCCUGGGGACCUGACCAAAAAAAUCACAAUACAAACUUUUCAACAACAUACAGCUGCAUAGCUCCUAGUGUACCAGUCUUUGCUUGUGGACUCAUAACAUCUCUGCACCUUACUGUCAAAUUUAUAAAGAGACAAAAUAUAGCACUUGGUGAAUCUUGCUCUGUUGCAUGGUUUAUUUGAGUCACACUGCCUCUGAAGUAUUGUUAGACGAAACCUCAGUCUUAACAGUUCACUAUACGAAAUGCUUGUUUUGGUGCCACAUUUAAAUAAGGGACAUACAAAUCCAGAAGUAUUUAUUUAUUUAUUUAUUAAAACUAUCACAUAGGCACACACAGUUUGAGUUAUUUUAUGUUAUGAAGGGUUUGUUUGUUUGUCUUUUGUUUGUUUGUUUUUUUCCCCUCUAAAAGUUUAUGGCUUUUUUUUUCUUCAUUAUUUCUUAUUCAUAGUGCAGUUUUUGGGUGCUGAUUUUUAUUUCUGGAAAUUUUAGGAUGUGCUUCCUUAAGUUUUUCAUUAAUUUACUUUGUCCAUCUGGACAGAAACCGAACAGAGUAAUAAAUGCAGGUAUGCAAGUACAGGUCUCUUUGAGCUGUCCCUUUAUUUGUGGGUUUUGUUUUUUGUCUUAAGCCCUCCUGCAUCUCUUUACAUAACACAGCUCUAAAAUGUAAGUUUUAAAGCAGCUGAACAAAGAAACAAAGUCUAAAUCUGUUUUUAGAUGUUUCAGGCUUGAAAGUUUCCUCCCAAAAUCAAAGUACUCUCAGCACAUGUGAAUGUAUUGUGAAAUACAAUGGUGACUUAAGUCUAGUUUCUUGCAGCCAGAAAUGUAAAUGUAGACCAUAAUGCACAGCUGAAGUAUUAACCGUAAUUGUUGAACCUUGGUAAUUUGUUAACAUGUUCAGUAUGUACAAUUGUCAAACCUCUGACAGCUAUGCCUGCAGUAAGUUAUGUCAUAAUGUUGUUGGUUCGUGUUUAAAUAUUAUAAUUCGGAGUACUUUAGAUUAUUUCUGGAACCUGUUUAAAAUGUAGGUAUUGUAUUUAUUUAUUGUUUUACUUGUGGUCAGCUCGUAGCAAACAGAAAAUGGUGCACUUGUUAAAAAACAAUAAAUCUAAUUUGCAUUUGUAAUUUAAGAAUAGAGAGAAGAAACCGGCUGAGUUACCAGGUGUACCCUCAGUGAAAAUGGCUGCACAGGGGUUAUUUUAAGCGUUACACUGCCAUGUAAUGACUUUAUACAGAAAUGUGGAUUAUAGAGUUUAUUUGGAUUGUUCAGCUUUAUUUGAAGAUUGUGGACCACAUAGAUGGUACUUUUUGAGUGUGUGAACGGUCUUGAAUAAAUACAUUGUUCCUUAUUAUUCAGUGACUUUUAGGCAUUUAACUUUGGCUCUGCGUAACACAGUGUGUAUAUUAAGUGUUUGAGCCGAUGUUUACUUGUGCUUAGUCUUUCCGCCAGGAGGUGGAGAGAGGUUUCAGUCUUGUAACCGUUGCCUACAGAAACUGUACAGUCCCUGUAAUAACAUGUAAUGGAUAUAUAUAGAGCAUGCCUCUUAAUCAGAUCCAGCGCAAAGCUGGUGUCAGAGCUAUAUUAGUAAUGUAAAUGCAAUAAAAGAUGAAUUAUAGAUUGUAACAAGUAUUAGCAUUGUACAUCAAGGGGGAAAAGGCUCCCAUUAAAUACAGACCUCAUGUAAAUGAAACACUUAAUACCAGUGAUACUGGUUGAUUAACACAUCCCAAUUUGUCACAUUAAGACCAUAAUGUUCUAAAACAUGGUGCAGUUAUAGGGUUUUUUGUUAUGGAAUAAACAUGUUUUGUUAAGCGAGAAA